AUGACUAUUGAUCUGAUCAUAAAUAAUAAUCAAUUAGAAUUAUGUAAUAAUUUACAUGAAAGAGAUCAUGUCUCAUUUAUACAAUCGAUUAUAUCAGUGAUCUUAUUAAGUGUUCUAUGUUUAUUAGGUAUUAUUGGAAAUAGUUUAGUAAUUAUUGUUUAUUGUAUUAAACCUAAACAUUAUACUAAUCGUUAUAUAAUGAAUCAGCAUACAAUCAUCAAUAGUAACCAUAGUAACAAUAAUAAUGCCUUGGAUACUAAAAUGACAAAAAAAUUUGGCACUCAUUCAAUUUCAUAUAAAUUACCAUUAUAUAAAAAUAAAUUAAAUCAACAUAAUUUAAUAUUAUUAUUGGCAUUUAUUGAUUUAUUCACAUGUGUUUUUAUAUUACCAUGGGAUAUAUAUCGUGUUGCUAAUUAUGCCUAUGAUGAAACUAUGCCUAUCUUAUCUAUAAAUGAUAAUCAUCAUCUGAAUGAGAAUAAUUCUUCUGGAAACCAUAUUGAUAUAAAUUCUAAUAAAAGAUUCUAUAUAAAUUAUCAAUUAAAUAUAAUAUUAACAUUAUUACGUAAUAUUAUAUUUGCAUGUGAAGGUAGUGUAUUAACCGCCAUUGCAUUUGAACGUUAUAUAAUACUUGUUAAACAAGAUCUAUGUAAAUUCUCUCUAUGUUGUCAUCAUUUAUUGACUACUACUAAUAAUGAUAAUGAUCAUAUCACUUCAUUCAUUCAUAAGACUCCAUCAAUUCAUCAUACAAAUCAUUCGAAUGAAUUAACAAGAUCAUCAACAACAUUGAUGUAUAGCACUAAUGUGAAAGAUAAGCAUCAUUCAUACUGUUCAUUGAAUAGAUCUAUUACAUCUAUAUUGAUUUUAGUCAUUAUUGGUACAUGUUUAUUUGAAUGUUUAUUAAUUAUAAUGGAAUUAAUGAAAUGGAAUUGUCAUUUGAUUGAACAAUUACGUGAAUUCAUUAAUCAAAUUUAUAUUCUAUUAACAUUUAUCUCAUUUAUUAUUAUUGCAUAUUUAUAUGUAAGUAUAUUUAGAAUAGUUAGACAAAAUGAUUUAAGGAAACAACGAUGGUUAACGACUAUUCAUCAUCAUCAUCAUCAUCAUCAUAAUACAAAUUAUAGAUCAAUGAAGUUGUUGAAUAAAUCCAAUUCAUUCUUACAAUCAUCUAUCUCUAAUAAUAAUAAUGAAAUAGAAUCAAUAUUAAAGGUAACAAAUCAACAUGACACUAAAAUACAUCAUUGUGAUACUGUACAAUCUAGAAGAUAUGGAUUAUCAUUUAGAUUAAUGAAACAAUUAAGUUGUGAUCAAGUGAUUACCAGACAACCAUCACCACCACCACAACAACAACAAGAACCACUACCACCACCACCACCAGCACAACAACAACAAUGGAAUAUAUUAAAAAGACGUAUUCUAUUCAAAACAUCAUCUAUAUCAACAUUAUUUGAACAUUCAAAAGCUAAACAGGAAUCUAAUAAAUCUAUGAUAUCAAAACAUAAUAAUCAAUCUAUUGGAACAACAACAACAACAACAGUAUCGUCUUCAAUAUCUCCAUUAUCUGUAAAUCGUUUAUUAUCUAAACGUGUAACACGUAGUCAUCGUACAGGUUUAAUGAUAUUUAUUUCUACUGUCAUAUUUUAUGCUACAUUAUUUCCUGUUUUAUGGGUACAUUUUAAAUUUUGGUGGAAAUAUACCACUACUAUCCCUACCGUCGCCAUGACCACCACUAUCCCUACCGCCGCCAUUAUGAAUGACUCUACGAAUCAAUUAUAUAAUAGAACAAAAUUGAUUCAUAAUAAUCAAGAGAAUGAUGGAAGUUUUAUGACAACUGUACAUCAUGAAUUUUAUUAUGUUAAUAAUGCUGUGAAUUUUUUUAUUUAUUCAUUAUUUAAUCAAAGUUUUCGUGAAAGAUUAAAACGUUUACUUGCGAAAUAUUGA